GUUGAGCCGCAGAGCUAGCGGGAUUACAUCUCCUUUGGAGACCCUUUCUGGGGUUUAGGGAAAUGGAGAAAGUGUUAUAUCCGUGGAAAUAGGCAGAAGACUGGUCGCGUGGGUUUCCUCUUAUUUAGCCAUAGGGCCCUUUCUUGCCCGGGCUAGGAUGUUUCCGUUCAUAGGCCGCAGCGUAAUAGGGAUAAGAGCCUUCUUGACUUCUCUGGCGCUCCGUCCCCGAGGAAUGUGGGACUGCAACCUUGCCCCGCCCACGCUCCAGCGGACGUCCGCUGCCAUGGCGGUACUGCUGCUCCGGUUCCUAAGUCCCUUCAGCCGACUCCCGGGUGGUCCUCGGCCUGCUGCGGAUGUGCCCCUCCGGGCCUGGAUCCAUGGCGCCAGCCUGUUGUACCCGGACCAUAUUCCCACCUCCCCGCUGCAGAAAGCGCUGCUAGCCGCCGGCUCUGCCGGAAUGGCGCUCUAUGAUCCAUAUCGCCACGACAUGGUUGCAGUUCUAGGGGAGACCACAGGAUACUACACCCUGAAGGUCCUCAGGGACCAGAUGAGGAGGGAUCCAGAGGGUGCCCAGAUCCUACAGGAGCGUCCCCGAAUCUCACUGGCCACCCUUGACAUGGCUAAGCUCCGGAGCCUGCCUGAAGGCUCCUUCGGCUGCGAAUAUCUCCGCUUCCUGGAAGUAAAUAGGGUCUCCCCUGAGACCCGAGCACCCACCCGCUUUGUGGACGACGAGGAGCUAGCAUACGUGAUCCAGCGGUACCGGGAGGUGCACGACAUGCUCCACACCCUGCUGGGGAUGCCCACCAACAUCCUGGGGGAGAUCGUGGUGAAAUGGUUCGAGGCUGUGCAGACUGGCCUGCCCAUGUGCGUCCUGGGUGCACUCUUUGGACCUGUUCGCCUCAGGGCUCGGAGCCUGCAAGUGCUGGUCUCGGAGCUGAUCCCAUGGGCGGUUCAGAGCGGGCGCCGGGCCCCGAGUGUCCUCAACCUGUACUUCGAGCGGCGCUGGGAGCAGCCCCUGGUGGCCCUGCGGGAGGAGCUGGGCAUCACAGCACCCCCUCUGCACGUGCGGGGCCUGGCCUAGCCUGUGCCACUGUGUGGGGGGACCUGGCCUGCCUCCCUAGGGGCAGAGGGCACUUUGCUCCUCUCUUUGAACACUGACCUUUGGACAUCGUCUAUCAUAAUUAUCAUAACUGCUAUCCUGUGGCCCUGAGGGCCAAAGCAGGAGGGUGCAGAGAGGGCAGCAGGGCCACCCAGGAGCUGAGAGAACCGCAUGCGCACAAGGAAGGAAUAGCAGUCAAGGAGCACCUGGGCUGUCCAGGCCUGCAGACCCUGCAGCCAUGGCUUCCCAGGGGUCAGGCUGGGUGUUCUUGGAGUGAGAGCUACACCCACUUCCUGGGGGCUGAGGCAGAGGGGAGGUGAGUGCUGUCCAAAUAAAGGCUUCCAUCAGUCCCGGUGCCUUCGGAUCCUCCCUUGGCCCAGUUCUGUGCAGGACUACGGAGGGCAGAAAUCCCCUCCCCACUUGAACUACAGCCACUUAUCCUUCCUCUGCUCUGAAGCUGCCUAGAUCAGGAUUCAGCUCCUCAGCUCCUCCUCUGUUUUCUCACAGAGAACUGAGGGCAAAUCCCUUUCCCUGUGAGCGCAGUUUGGUCCUCAGUACAGGGAAGCAGCAGUGCCUGCCUCUUCCAGCUGCUGUGGGGGCUGUCCCCGAGGUGAAGUGCAGAUGGGCUGCAGAGCAAGGCCAGGGAAUUUCAUUCCUGCUGUGUUUAUGGCCACAGGAAGCUGCAGGGCUGCAGUUCAUUUUGGAGUGGCAAAUGGAGAUGGGGACAGUCCUUAAGUCAGCAAGAUGUGACGCUAAGCAGGGUGAACAGUGUCCAUGGAAGAGUGAGUGCCCCUGUCUGGGGAUUUCGGACCAGAAAACCCCCGAGAUGGCAGAGCCUUUCGGGCUCCUCAUUGUAUGGCCAGGUCAACCAAAGCCCAGAGAUAGGUGAGGAAUUGCCCAAAUAACUAGAACACGGGCCACCAUCCUCCAGGUUGUUUUUCCUGUGCCUUGGUUUCCCUAUCUAUAAUGACCACAGUUUAGCUAGGCAUGGUGGUGUACGUCUGUAAUCCCAGCACUCUGGGAGGCUGAGGCAGGAAGAUUGCAAAUUCAAGCCCAGCUGGGCAAUUUAGCAAGACCCUGUCUCAAAAAUAAAUAAAGAAAAAGGGUUAGGGAGGUAGCUCAGUGUGAAGGCCCCAGGCCCUGGCCUUCCUCACACCUACCACAUGCAGUCCAGGCUCCCAGUGGCAGAGGGAUGCCUCAAGAGGCCGCAGGCUGGGAACCCUGGGCUUCUUGAGAGGGAAGAUUUAUCUUGAGCUCCAAGAAUUUCACAUCCUCGGCCCCCUUUACAGACCUGCCAGCGGUUGCCAUGACUUCCCAGCACCUAGCCUCCCACCCCCACUGCAACUCAGUAAAAGGUAUCAAGGCAGGGCAGGGGUCAGACUCUUGCAUGGCCUUCUCUGCCCUCCUGGGUCACUCUCCUGCUCAGCCAGCUGGUGCCCAGAUGACCUUGGGCCAUUACAGAACUUACAGCAUGGGUGCUGGAAAUCUGGAUUAACUGGGAAUGGAAUCUGAUCUCCUAGUCAGAGGGUGGCAUUUGGAGAAAAAUAGCUACCACUGACAGUUCCAACACCGCAUGUGAGGCUCUGCCAACUUCUGCCUAGAAACGUCCAUUCUCCCAUCUAACCCACCGUGUGUGCCUUCACCUGCUUCCAGAGCACACACCAGGCUUCCUGCUGCCUUGGGGAGCAGCGCUGUGUCCUCAGGUCGUCACACCGUGAGCUGCCCAUCACAUCUGUGCAAAUGCGACCACCUCAAAAGGUCUUCCCUGACCACAAGGGCUUGGCACUUCAUGGCCAGGCCCCAUGCCAGCACCCCACCUUCAGAACCUCAUUUGGUUGCCAUCUACAGUGACCUUUGAGGCGAGGCUGAUGGUGGCCUUGCUUCACAGUGACCCUGGCUCUUAGACUCAGGGAAGCCCAGGGCCUGAGUUCUUUCCUUGAAGCCUAAGGAGCCACCUUUCCCCAGUCAUAGGUAGCAGGGCAAGAAUGUGGUGGCUCAGCAGUAGAGAGCUUGCCUAGUAUGCACAAGGCCCUGGGUUCCAUCCCCAGCCCCAAAAGAAAAACAACCUUAGGUAGCUGACACGGGAGCAGCGUUCAAACACCCAGGGUCCAAAGGCAGGGCUAGCUCUGCCACUGAGCACUCCUUAUCACUCUGCCAGCCUCUGUUUCCUCAUCUGUAAAAUGGGGAGAGAAUUACACCUACUUUCCAGCAGGGCCUUGGCAGGCUAGGAAAAUGGUUCCCAGUCAGGGCUCAUUAGCAUAUGGUGGCCACGCAGGAAAAGGGAGCUGGUCUUUGCCAGUGAGGCUCCUGGCAACCUCUGAAGUCACUAUGUGCAAAGUCAAGGGAGCCAGAGGUGCUGCUUUGCACACACCCAGAGUGGGAGGAUUUCUACAGCCCAGCACUCUCAAGCCAAGUGGAACGGAAUAUGAUAGGGUAAACACCAAAGCAUCCCAGAAGCCUGGGGAGCCUGAGUGCCACCACCGUGUGAGUCUCAGGUCUGCAGAGUCUCCAGCACAGAUGCUGGAUCCUUAGUGCCACGCAGCAGGGGCCACAUCAGGGAAAAAGAGCCCCUGAGAGGUCAGCCUAAGCUAGGCCCCUCCCACAAGUGACAACCAAGUCCCUGCCCUUCUCAAAACUCUCCGUGGUUCUUCACUGCCCCCGGAUAAACCCCUCAGCCUGGCACACAAGGCCUUUCCACUCCUUCCUAGCUCACCCCCACCACCACAUGCCCGCCGGGCUUCAUAUGCCUCUUCAGGGUAUGUGCCAAAUGCAGAGGCUGGGAGACAGCUCCAUUCCGGCCCUGGGAGAGGUCAACUGAAGGCCUCCCUUGUGUCAGCCUCUGGUGAGAGCUUGACGUGUGUCAUCCUGAAUCCUUACCAGCCACACAGAGAAAACUCUGUAUCUAGAUCUUGACCUCGUGUGUGAGGCUCUAAGCCAUGAUAAUAGAUACCUCCUUGGCCACAGCAUUCCCAUUUGACAUAAAGACAUUGAGGGUCCAUGGGGACAGUCAUUUGCUCAGAUCUUACAGCUGGGGCCAAGAGUACAGCCCAGCCAUGCCUGAUCAGAAUUCAAAGAAGACAGUUAAACAAUCACAAUACUAUGUGGAGAGUAUUAAGCCAGGUGUUUUGCCAGAAGUACAGCGAGUUCUCAGUGAGAGCCCAUCUGGACUAAACUUUACCCACUUUGUCCACCUGCACCGAGCAACUUGCAGGCAGACUGCUUUGUUCCCGCUAUGUCCCCUGUCCCUGGCUUCCCACCUCUGGCCUGGCCCAGAUCUUAGUUUCACCCACGUGACAAGUUAGGUGGGGGACAGGAAAUGGUUGGUUAUCAACGGCCCUCCCCAGACCUUACCUCCCCCCUUUGCAAAUGACCUUAACAGUUGAUUUGGAAAUAAUCAUGCUUAUUUCCAUGGAUUCUGGUGUGGAUAAGGUCAGAGUCUCUGAUUCUCUUAUUCAAAUCUCCUUGCGUUCAUUCAGCAUGUUUUGAGCUUCUGUUACUUGCUGAGCCUGUGGUUAUAAUUAGAAAUAAUGUAUCUAGAUUUUUGAUCUUGUA